UGAGGCUAGCCACUGCGCUUGCGCGUGCGACUCCGCGGGUGCUGCCGGGCGCGGGCGUGGGCGUCGGGGACGCGCCUCCACCGUCGCGAGCGCCGCCGCGGGGACUCCGUGGAAACCGAAGGCGAGCGCCGGAGGAAGGCGGGAAGCAUGAAGAAAGGGGCUUCUUGCGAGCGGAAACAGGCGUGGAUCUCGUCGGGGAAGGCGGGAGCAGGAAAUGAAUUUCUUAUGGAAGUAUGUGUAGAUUCGGUGGAGUCCGCUAUGAAUGCAGAAAGAGGAGGUGCUGGUCGGAUUGAGUUAUGUUCUGGUUUACUGGAGGGAGGAACCACACCCAGUAUGGGUAUUCUUCAAGUAGUAAAACAGAGUGUUCAGAUUCCAGUUUUUGUGAUGAUUCGACCUCGUGGAGGUGAUUUUUUAUAUUCAGAUCGUGAAGUUGAGGUCAUGAAGGCUGACAUUCGUCUUGCCAAGCUUUAUGGUGCUGAUGGUUUGGUAUUUGGGGCAUUGACUGAAGAUGGACACAUUGACAAAGAGCUAUGCUUGUCUCUUGUAGCUCUUUGCCGUCCUCUGCCAGUCACUUUCCACAGAGCCUUUGAUAUGGUUCAUGAUCCAAUGGCAGCUCUGGAGACCCUCCUAACUUUAGGAUUUGAGCGCGUUUUGACCAGUGGAUGUGACAGCUCAGCAUUGGAAGGACUGCCUCUAAUAAAGCAACUCAUAGACCAGGCAAAAGGCAGGAUUGUGGUAAUGCCAGGAGGUGGGAUAACAGAUAGAAAUCUGCAAAGAAUCCUUGAGGGUUCCGGUGCUACGGAGUUCCACUGCUCCGCCCGAUCUUCUAGAGACUCAGGGAUGAAGUUUCGAAAUUCUUCUGUUGCAAUGGGAGCUUCGCUUGCUCAUUCAGAAUAUUCUCUAAAAGUAACAGAUGUGACAAAAGUAAGGACUUUGAAUGCUAUUGCAAAGAAUGUCCUAGUUUAGUUAAACUUGUCCAAGAGACAUGGGUGUCAUGGUGUGAAGGUAGAAGCUGGAUUGACAAUCUCUGUAACGAAGCUCUCACCUUCCACAUGGCCAUGGAUGUUUCUAAGAAGAAAAAUACAUUGGAACAGCAGUGCAUUCACUCGCUUCAGUAGUCACUGCUGUCUGUCAUCAUGGGUAAAUGUAGUCCGGGCUUCUUACACAAACAUAGGCUAAGUCGUUUUCAGAGGCUUAACUGAUGAACUGGCAAAGUUCAGCUGCACAGUAUGAAAUCAGAGUUUGCUUCAGGGUUGAUUGAAUGACACUUUUUUUGCCUUUUUGUUUAUAAAAUAAAAAUUUUCAUCCUA